GCCAAACCACACCCCAAUUCCGCUCCCCAAGCCCAAUUGUCUCUCCGUCCGACCCUCGUGAUCCUUCCGAGCGUCGACAUAACUCCACUCAGUCCUUAAUUUUCUUUAAUUCUAAAGUCAGAUACAAUGGCUGCCAAGGUCGAUACUCCCGCUGCCCCCCUCAGCGGCGUCCAGCUCUACUCCAGAUUCGCCCUUGCCGGCGCUAUCUGCUGUUCCGUCACCCACGGCGCUCUGACGCCCGUUGAUGUCGUCAAGACCCGUAUCCAGCUCGACCCUGCCACCUACAACAAUGGCAUGAUUGGCGGCUUCAAGAAGGUCGUCCAGAACGAGGGCGCUGCUGCCCUGCUCACCGGCGCCGGCCCGACCUUCGCCGGCUACUUCCUCCAGGGCGCCUUCAAGUUCGGCGGCUACGAGUUCUUCAAGCAGCAGUGGAUCAACUACCUCGGCUACGACACCGCCUCCAAGUACCGGACCGGCGUCUACCUCGCCUCGUCCGCCGCCGCCGAGUUCUUUGCCGACAUCGCCCUCUGCCCGCUCGAGGCCACCCGUAUCCGCCUCGUCUCCGAGCCCACCUAUGCCAGCGGCCUCGUCAGCGGCUUCGGCAAGAUGCUCAGGCAGGAGGGUGUCGGCGCCUUCUACGCCGGCUUCGGUCCCAUCCUGUUCAAACAGAUCCCCUACACCAUGGCCAAGUUCGUCGUCUACGAGAAGGUUGCCGAGGCUGUCUUCCGCGUCUUCCCCAAGAAGGACAUGUCCAACAGCAUGCAGACUGUUGCCAACCUUGGUAGCGGUUUGAUUGCUGGUUUCGCUGCCGCCAUCGUCUCCCAGCCCGCCGACACCAUGCUCAGCAAGAUCAACAAGACCAAGGGUGCCCCGGGUGAGAGCACCACCAGCCGCCUGAUCAAGAUCGCCAAGGAGCUCGGCUUGCGCGGCUCCUAUGCCGGUAUCGGUGCUCGUCUCUUCAUGGUCGGCACCCUCACUGCCGGCCAGUUCGCCAUCUACGGUGACGUGAAGCGAGUACUAGGCGCAGUUGGGGGGAUUGAAAUUAGCAAAUAAACGAUAUCACGAUGUGAUUUUCGAUGUUGAGGACGAGGUUUGGGGACGGGGAUGUGAAAAAGGGGGUGUUUUGAGGUGAUGGGGGAACGGCAAGCAAAAAAAGUGGGACUGAAAGAUGCAUACAGUACACAUAGUACGUGCACUAUGCAUGCUCCCCUUGGCUUGCUCAUGGCAGCACAACAACAACGCGGCACGAGACAGGCAUAGGCACCUCGAGGAGACGGGUAUCUUGUGUGGAUUUCUGGGAGGGGAAACAACCUGAUCCUAUUUUUCUUUUGUGUUUCUAGGGGCGGGGUCUGGUUCUGUUUUGUCUCUCGGCGAGAAUACUUCACAUAGAUCAUAGAGCGCUUGGGCAUAUGUGCCCAACCCGCCAAAGGGUUGGUUGUAUAAUAGUCCAAAGAAUGCCUUCUUAUAGAG